CCACGGAAUUUCACGGAAAUGUUAUCCUCGCUCCACGAAUUGCCGCCAUUAAAAACCGCUGCGGCUACCUUAUCACUUGGUUCUGUCCACACAGCUGCUACAUCAGCGAAAAUGUCAGUCCCGGCGAUAUUUGGGGUACAAUUGGUGAUUCCGGCUACCUCCUCCGUCGGGAAAUCGAGGCCUGCGGUGGGUGGCGGCAGUGGAUUGGUUAUAGAGUGCUCGUCGAGGCCGCAGAAAAAGGCGACCCAGCAUCAUAUGAAGACUCGCCCUCGCAAGACGCGGCCUUCCGACAUACGACGUCGUCCCGCCGUGUACCCUCCCCUCCCUCCGCUCCCUCCUGACUGGAGUUUUGUCUCCAAGUCCGAGGAAAGCUCCGCUGCUGAGUCGCCGCAGCUUGUUGAGUCAGAGUAAUUACUGUCACUUGUCCUUGAAUCUAUUGUUGUCUAUGUCGUGACUUGUUUGAAAUUUGUAUCUGUUUCGAAGAUUAAGGCUUUAUGUUUGACUGCUUUAUGGUACUUCCUUAACGAAAGAAUGACUUUGGCUUCUAGCAAUUGGGAAAAUGCACACACUGUUGCAAUCAA